AUGCCAAAACCAUUACCUAGAUUAACACCGCCACCGAGUGAUGAACCCGAUACUAGAGAUCCACUAUCUUUGGCUCUAGCAACUCAUUUGGACGAUGUCAGACAAUGGAUAGAGUGGGCUACUAACGGUGAUCCGACUAAUCUAGGUAUGAUUGAUUAUGGGAUUUAUAGACAAUUUGAAGAUUGGAUUAAAAAGAAGGAAGUGUUAGAUUUGAUCGAUUCAAUAUUGCAAAGGAGAUUGACAUCAGGGUAUCCACACAAUCACAAAGCAAUCAUUUUGAUUCAGUUAAUACCUCGUGAUAGAUUAUCACCGUACGCCAAAUUACUUGAACCUUUGCUUCCUGCCAAACCAUCUGAAGAUCCUAACAAACCUGUUGAUCUCCCACGAUUCUAUAAUCCCCUUAUAGCAUCUUUGACUGCAUCUUUACAUGAUUUAGCAAGUGUCACAGCAGCCGAAGAAGAAACGAGUAAGAAAAAUGAAGAAGAAAAGAAGAAACAAGAUGAAGAAAUUCAAAAAUGGGAAUUAUGGUGUAACCUUUAUGGAAAAUCCAAUAGGGCAGAUUGGAGACCUCAUCCUGGAAAUCCACAAUGGACUUACUGGGGUUGGCAAGAGAUUGGUCAAGAAGAUUGGUGGAAAGGUCGAAAUGAUUAG